AAAAAGUGACUAUCCCAGCAGAGCAGCAUCCCCACAGCUCUCUGAUCUGUUGCUGCCCCCAUUGCUGCUUUCUUAUUUUCUUUCUUUCUUGGCCUCUUACUCUCGGAGAAAGACGAGCAACUCCGCGGGUGAAAAGGAAAUCUGUACCACUCUCUUCUUGCGAGUGAGGAAAAACCUGCGGCUCACCUGCGCCUUCUUCCCUAACCUGCUACUCCAACGAAGAACUGGGGGUAAGGGUAGGUGGGAGGGAGACUUGGGGAAGGAUCCAUAGAUCCUUAUUACUAUAUUACUAUGGUCUCGCUUCAACGGGCUGGACCCCACUACCGAACGGGAACGGGAGAGAGUGUCUAUCUGCUGGCUCUCUGAAUAGUGUGAAAGCACUUUGGAGUCUCUGCGUGAGGAGGAGGAGAAGGAAGAGGCAGCGGAGGCGGUGUAACAGCAGCAACAGCAGCAGAGUGAGGGUGCGCGCACUCUGGGUUAGAGAGUGAGCGAACGCUGAGGCUGGGGCUGGGUGAGGGUUUACACGCCGCCCGCCCGCGGAAACAGCAGCAGCCACGCUCAACCUCCCUGCCCCUCCAACAACAGCACCGCCUCUCCCCUGCAGCGUCAGCCCGGGGACUCCCUCUUUCUCCUCCUUCUCUCCUCGCCUGGCCAGACCUGGGGCAGCGCAGAAUGCGCCCAGCUGCUGCGUUCUGAUCGCCCUCCCACAGCCGCCGUAGCCGCCGCCGCCACCGCGAUGAUCUCCCCGGAACAGCAGCAGCAACAGCAGCAGCUGCAGCAGCAACAGCAGCCCAACCAUGUCGUGGCCACCAUCGAGAAUCUGCCGGCCGAGAGCAGUGGGAGCAGCGGCGGGAGUCUCUCUGCCUCGUCCGCCUCCAGCGUGCGCCAGAGGAUCAGGAAAAUGCUGAACAGAGAGAUGAUGAUCUCUGUGGCCCUUGGACAGGUGUUAUCCCUUCUUAUCUGUGGCAUUGGUCUAACCAGCAAGUACCUGUCUGAUGAUUUUCACGCCAACACUCCAGUCUUUCAGAGUUUCCUUAAUUACAUCCUCCUCUUCUUGGUCUACACUACAACACUAGCUGUCAGACAAGGAGAAGAAAACUUGCUGGCAAUUUUGAGGCGAAGAUGGUGGAAAUAUAUGAUCCUAGGCAUCAUAGAUCUAGAAGCAAAUUACCUGGUAGUCAAAGCUUAUCAGUAUACCACACUGACCAGUGUGCAGCUCUUGGACUGCUUUGUCAUCCCAGUAGUGAUACUCCUGUCCUGGUUCUUUCUGCUAAUCCGAUACAAGGCUGUGCACUUUGUUGGCAUUGUGGUCUGCAUUCUGGGAAUGGGCUGCAUGGCAGGAGCUGAUGUUCUUGUGGGAAGACAACAAGGAGCAGGAGAAAAUAAGCUGAUAGGAGACCUCUUAGUCCUUGGAGGAGCUACACUCUAUGGCAUCUCAAACGUGUGGGAAGAAUACAUCAUCCGAACCCUGAGCCGGGUCGAAUUUCUUGGAAUGAUUGGACUCUUUGGUGCCUUCUUCAGUGGAAUUCAACUGGCUAUAAUGGAGCACAAGGAGCUCUUGAAGGUACCCUGGGAUUGGCAAAUCGGACUGUUGUACGUUGGCUUCAGUGCCUGCAUGUUUGGCCUGUACAGCUUCAUGCCAGUAGUCAUAAAGAAAACCAGUGCAACAUCUGUCAACCUCAACCUUCUCACUGCAGACCUGUACAGCCUGUUCUGUGGAUUGUUUCUCUUCCACUACAAGUUUUCAGGACUUUAUCUCCUGUCCUUCUUCACUAUCCUCAUCGGGCUGGUGCUCUACUCCUCCACCUCCACAUACAUAGCCCAGGAUCCUCGGGUAUACAAGCAGUUUCGAAACCCAUCAGGAACUGUUGUAGACUUACCAGCCUCUGGGCAGGUGGAACCUUCUGUCACCUACACCAGCCUAGGCCAAGAAAUGGAAGAAGAACCCCAUGUGCGAGUUGCCUAGGAUUAGGCUCUCCCAACUCACUGAGGAUGACUCAGUGGCCACAUGUAUGCCCAUCAUCUCUGUAUUGUAAAUAGAGAAAGGUAUUUACCAGGUGCAGUUUACACAGGUGGACUGCAAGGUAGCAAAUUGAAAGCCUCUUGCAAAGAACAAACUCAUUAUCCCUAGAGACCCAGACUCCAAAACAUCCUACUUGGAGAGGUGUCUGUCUAGGGUGCACAUUGACCGCAAUUCCCUCUGCAUCAAUUACUGUGAAACGUUUUGAAUCAAAAGAUAGUAUUAUUAUUGUUUUUUAUUAUUAUUGUUAUUAUUAUUGAACCAAUAUUCAAGAGGGGAUUUUGCACACCACCCUCAUCUCUAUCCCAAAUACAAAUCAAAAUACCACGUCCUACAAGCAGUCACAAAAAUUCCACUUUUCUAUGACAAGUCACUUUUUAAGAAUCAUAUUUAAUUUUUUUUCUGCAUAGACUUUGUGAGUGAUGCAUGCUGCAGGAGCUCCACCCCAGAAAAGCUUAGUAGGCCUAGGAAUUUGGUGGUUAAUGCUUAAUCUACCACCUGUUGGAUUACCAGCUCAAUAUGUCAUCUGUGCUAUGACCCUUGUGGGGAGGGGCAACUGACCAUAUAAUUCUCUAUUCUAGGAAUAGAUCUAAAAUGAGCAUUUUAGCCUUUUUAUAUUUGCAAUCACUACAUACUGCUCCAGUCAUUGCCUUCUGUUGUGCCAUGAGGUUUCUGCCAACCAAGUCCUUAUGAUAAUAGGGUCAAAACUCUAUCAUUGCUAUGGGUUAUGGAGAAACUCUAGAAAUCGCAUCUUUUUUCACCAAGAUUUUUUUUUAUCCAAAUCUAUUCUCCCUUCUGCUUCCUCUUUUCUCCCUAUUACACACACACACACACACACACACACACACACACACACACACACACACCCCUCCCAGUUUUUUUAAUUUUCCUCCACCUUUUAGACCUUUUUUUUGGUGAGAUAAUAUGGAACAAAAUCAAGGCACCUGAAGAAGUCAAUCUUAUUGUGAGACUCCAUUUUUUCUAAGUAUACCAAUAAAUAAAUGAUGUUCAUUUUGUAAGUUUAACUGAUUUGCCACCCACAAAAGAGUUUAAGAACAAAAACUUUACAGGCACCAAGAGCAAUUCAGUUGACUUGACUCCAUCCCAGUGGUAGAGAUACCAUCAUAUUACAAUUAUUCAUUUGAAGAAUGUUUGAUGCCCAUCUGGCAAGUAGAGCUAAUCUUUUAAAAUGUCAUAUUCUUAAUCUGUCUUGCCUUUUUUGUUUUGGGUAACAAGAAUAUGAUACAUUUUUCCCCUGAAAAUAAGUCUUUUUUUUUUUAAGGAUUAGAAGUCAAGAAGCAAAAAAAAGGGCCUUUCUAAUUUCCCAGUAGUAGCUGUAACCUAUGAGUAUAUGAAAUAUCUUUUAUGUUUGGUUGAUGCAGAAAAGGCAAUUGAUAAAGGUAAAGGGUAUAGAAAAGAUAAAUGUUUGUGAGAAUUUUUAAUUCAGAUAAACAUAUGUGCAAAUAUUAAGCACACCAACUAGACCAUAGGGUUUCUGCAAAAUAGAAAAGAACAUUGAUACUACUUUUGACAUGCUCAAAUAGCAAGAUAGUUCUAAAGGAUUUGAAUCAGGCCAAUACUCUUAUUAAAAUGGAAAUCUCUGCCUUAGUAUUAAUCUAAAAGUGUGUGAAUUGGUUUUAUAUUUUUCAACAAUGGAAGAAAUAAUCUGGCCAUGUCCUCAUUCCAGGAGAAAAAUCCCUUGGGACAGAUGAGAAAAACACUUAUGUUCAAAAUCCAUUGUCUUCUCAGAUAACCCCUUAAAAGAAUGUGUUUAUUUUCUGGAAAAAUCACUGUGCUAAGAUUCUCCCAAUCCUGAGGAAUCCUGUCAUCUCCUGUAUUCUCUGCUACCUUUUAAACCAAUUAAAUACCUUUCUCUGAACAUUAUGUCUGUUUGGGUCUAAAGACCUUUAAAGAUUGUGGUUUUAUUUUGUGUUUACAUUCCUUCAUUUUGCAUACUUUUCUUGAUUUACCCUGUUUUUAGUAUUUAUUUUUAAGCCAAAUGUUUGUAGUCUUCUUUUUUAUUCAUUUUUAUGAUACUAAUUUGUAGAUGUUUAGUAGUCUUAUUAGGAACAAGUGGAUUGAAGGCAUUUCCAGGUCAGUUCACUGACUUGGGAGUUUUUAAAAAUUUAAAUUAAAAAAAAAAAAGAUUUGCAAUCAACAGAUGGCUUAAAUCUGCCAUUUGAAACAUUUUAUAGAAUAUUUUAAUUGACUCCAUUGUAUGGAAAUCAAGUGUGAAUGUUUAGAAAUGCAUUGUACAUCCUUCAUCACCACUCAGCAAGCUCACCUCACAAAGACCUUUUCAUCACUGGAGUCACUUAACAGUGUUGCUUUCUCUCUUCUCCAAGUAUAAUAUAAGGUGGAUAAUGUGUUGGACUGACCCUUAGAUCAGAAGAGUUCAAGGGCCCCCAAGAAAAAGCAAUGGCAUACAAGCCUUCCUGUUGUAUACAAAUACAAAAAAAAUUUUAGUCUGGUAAGGAAGGAUGGGAAGGGGGAAGAUGAGAAGGAUAAUGCCAUUCCAAGUGUUCUGUUUCCUACAAUUUUAGAAUCUUUGCAGACACCAGCAGCAAUUCAAUUCUUCAGCUCACAACUCUCCACUGGUUGAAUGAGACUUUAGCAAUGUGGGGCAGUGGUUACAUAAACUAGAGCUCUUGUCAACAUUACUAUCGCUUGGGAACUGAGCAGCCCUUAGCAAGAUAGGGGUAAUUUUUAGCUACUAAAUGGAAACCUACCUAACCCUUCUCCCACCGAGAAUGGGCUGAACCUCCCAAAAUCAUGGCUAUCUUGGUUCCAGCUUUCUACAGCUGUCAACUUGGAAACACCCAACAUGGUAGACCAAGCAAUUGAAAAAUAAAUUGCAUCACUGUGUCAUAAUGGAAAAGUUUCAGUGUUUAGUUUAGAUAUUGCUAACUUGUGCUAUUAACCUUCUGACAAGCGUGUAGUAUGUUUUUUGUUUCAUUUUGUUUGAGUUAAAGCCAUUUCAUAGUCCCAAGCUAGCUAAAAGGAAAAACUUUACCCCAUGGGUAGGAUUCUACUGGUAAACCCCAUAAUAAGCACACUAACCCUGACCAUUGCAAAUGGGAAUCUAAACCAAAAAGAAAAGAAGAAAAAAAAAAAAAAAAAAAGAAUCUGCACCAAUAUGCUGAAUCAACACUUUCUCCAUUUUUGAUAUUUGCAUGCUCCUAUAUGGACUGGCUGUGGCAAUGUAAUGCCUGUAUAAUGUUUUCAAAUAAAAAUAAAUGCUUUAUGAAAGCAAAAGGU